GAUCAUGUUAUGAUGUUUUUAAUGUAUUAAGAGGUCGUUUGUUUACCUGAUAUAAGGUAGUGAACACUUGAAGAAAAUACACCCUCACUCACUAUUAAUUGAUUCUCUUAAUCUCAAAAAUAUAGGCCGACUUGAAAAAGGCUAAAAGCAAUUUUUAGUUAGGUCCCCUUUGAUGCGCAGUCAGCAGACGGUGCGCGGGUAAUUCCAUUCAAACAAGUUUUCUUUGCUAAAGGAACGUGACUGAUAAUGGUUCUGUCAAAAAAAUUCGUUUUAGCUAAACAGCUUGUUGGCAAACCGUCCAGUGAUGAUAUAAAGCUGGUAACAGAAGAAUUGCCUGAUGAAGUUAAUGAUGGCGAAGUUCUAUGUGAAGCAGUCUGGCUGUCUGUUGACCCUUACAUGCGUAUCUUCUCUGGUAGGCUGUCAGAAGGAGAUGUGAUGAUGGGAGAACAGGUAGCAAAGGUUAUUGCAAGUAAGAAUCCAAAAUUUCCUAAAGGCACACAUGUGAUUGCACAUUUUGGUUGGAAGAGCCACACAUUAGUGAAAGAUGUCUCAGUUCUGAGUAAAGUUCCAGACAUUGAAGACUUAUCAUUGUCCCUUACUCUAGGAUCCUUGGGAAUGCCUGGGUAAGUGGUGUUUUAUCUUUUUUUUUUUUUUUUUUUUU